AUGAUUGCCCUCGUGGUAAUAGCAGUUGUUCUACUCGUCACGACGGAAGCGAAUUCUCAUCGUCCUCCUCCACCGGGUGGGGAGAGCGCCCCAGUGGGUGCGAUGCCUCGUGGCGGAAAUAGUGGAAAUAUGCAAAACAGUGGAGCUGGUAUGCCACCGACUCCUCGACCUGGAGACAAUCAGGAGCCACACGUAAAACCGGGCCAACAACAGCCGCCCACCAUCAGGAUAAAUGUAUUUACAUUCGCGCAGUUGAUAUGGAUUCCCACUAUUUUGUUCGCACGCUACCAAAUAAAUAUUACGGCCUCAUCUGCGUGA